AACAGGAAGUGGAAUCUAAGAGCGGCCAGUUUAACUCGACGUAACCUAAAUAGCACAACAAUAAAUGUUACUAACCCGUGUUUGACUGUGUAAAAACGAAGCGUUAACGACUUGUUGGCUAGUUAAACCAAAUCUGCUGUCGAUAGAAGUUUUGUAAAUAUUUAGCCGCCUUUAAACUCGCUCGGUAGUACCUGCACUUUGGCUAAGUUGCUAAGUAACGGAGCUAAAUAGUUUGGGUUUAUAUUUUCCAGGAGGUUUUUGGCUUAUGUUGUGAAAUGAAACGAAUUGUUGCUGUAAGCUAAAUUGACGUAUAACGGACUGGGAAAUAUCACAAAUAGCUGAAAACGUCGUUAUGGGAGAAAAGGAACUCAGCUUUGUUGACAAGAAUUUAACAAGUUUGCUGGAUAUUCCUUUGACUCCUGCUGUUACAUCUCUUGAUCUACACUGCAAUCACAUCCCAAGAAUUGAGGGUUUAACUUCAGCUUGGCACUUGUGGCACUUAGACCUUUCCUCCAAUCGCAUUUCUAAGAUUGAGGGUUUGAGUUCGCUUACAUCCCUGAGGACUUUGAAUUUAUCCUGCAACUUAAUCACCAAGGUUGAAGGACUGAAUGGCCUUGUGAACCUAACAAGAUUAAACUUGUCCUACAAUCAGAUAAAUAACCUCACCGAGUACAAGCUGAAGCACCUCAGUCUCCAUGGCAACUGCAUAGACAUCAUUGAUCAUCUUCUGCAGUGUCUGCUGGGAUUACAAGGUUUACGAGAUGUCAUUUUAAGCCAGGAUGGUGCAGACAACCCCAUCUGUGGUUCACCAGGUUAUUGGGAGAUUGUUAUGGAGUCGCUGCCACAAAUCUCUGUUCUGGAUGGCCUGGAUCGUCUAAGACAUCCAUCUUCUCCAGGUAUAAGCAGUCUCUGUGACAUUCCUGGCCUGGAAGACUAUGUGGACCUCCUGCUCUCUUCUGAUACAAGUCACAAUGAAAUGGCUAAAGGUGUUGUCACGACACCCCGUAUUGACCAGGUACUCACCCAGUUUCGUCAGCAGAUUGCCUCUGAAGCAGCCACAUAUCCAGCCACACAGCCAGCCACACAGCCAGCCACACAGCCAGUCACACAGCCAGUCACACAGCCAGUCACACAGCCAGCCACACAGCCAGUCACACAGCCAGUCACACAGCCAGCCACACAGCCAGUCACACAGCCAGUUAGUCAGAACCCCCACCCUCUUGGUUUCACUGUGGCUGAUCCAACAGAGGCCAUUAAUGAAGGACGUAUCAGGAAACUGGAGCACCAGGUGUCUCAGCUCAUCCAGCAGGCUCCUGCUGGUGAAAAAUCAAAAAUCUCUACACAUUAUGUGGUGAAGUUACAUAAAGCCAAGAGGGACACAGAUCGCACAUCAGAAAGUGAGUGUGACAGCGGGAAGGAAAACAGGAGACGCACAAGGAUUCCCAAACAUCACAGCAUCAUAACAUCGGGCACAACUACUCAGGAGACUAAGAGCACAAGAUCAGAAAGUGAUCAGGAGAAUUAUAAACUGAGGACUUCAAAGUCUGCUGUGGGGCCCAAGAGGAAGACUGAUGGUGCGGGUGCUGUAGAAGCAACAAGGCAAAAAAGGAAGGGACCUCUAAGAGCAGCUAAGACCUCAGGCGAUGUGAAAGCCAAGUUCACCAAGGAAGAGGAAACCUACAGGACAAUUGUUGAAGAACGUGAUCAGGAAAUGGAGAGACGUUGGAAGGCAGAACAAGCUGUGAGGAAGCUGACGGAGGAGAUGAAAUGUCUUCAGACAAAAGUCAGUGAAGAAAAGGACCUUCAGAGCCUGGCUCUGCACACCACGGACAGACUGAAAGAGAUGUUGCUGAAAGAGCGAUCAGGACGCUCUGAGCUGCAAGCUUGUGUUGAAGAGCUGGAGGGGCGGUGUCAGUCCCUAACCCAGAAGCUGGAGCAGGCCCGCAGUAGUGAAGAACAACACAAGACUGCAUUGCGUAGACUGGAGGAAAGCAUCUCCCAUGGUGACGCACUCAGGGCUUGCCAGCAGGCUGAAGAGAUGAAGCGGUACCAGGAGCUGGAGAACAAGGCAGCAGCUUUAAAGAGAGAGUUGGACAUCCAGAGAGCCUCAGUGCGCCAGCACAAAGACAAACUGCAGCAGCUGCAUGAACUGCUGGCAUCCAGAGAACAAGAGCACAGAAAACAACUGGAGUUGCGGUUACAACCUGGUGGGGCAGAUUUCCGUGAGGCAGUGUCAAAGGAGGUCGCAUCAGCGGAGCAGAGACAUGGCCAGAGGGAAGCAGAGUUGCAGGAAAAAUUGUCAGAAAGCAGGAAACAUUACGCCGCUCUAGAAGAUGAAUUUCGUAUGGCAUUAACCAUCGAGGCUGCUCGUUUCUCUGAGGUGAAGGAGGUGUGUGAUCACAUGGCUGCAGAGCUGAUGGAGCUCAAGGCGACCCUCGUUCAGUCCCAGCAGAGGGAAAAGAAAUCAGACUCUCUGGUGCGGGAGCUCACGGCGAUGGUCAAAGAACAAAAGAGCCGUAUCUCUGAACUCAUCAAAGCUAAAAAGGAAGCUGUCACUGAUCUCAAGAGCCGUCUGCAUUCUUUGGAAGCAGAGGUGGAACAGGACCGCCGCAUCGGAGUGCAGCUGGAGAUGCUCAAGAAAGACAAAGCGCGCUUGUUGUCUCAGUUAACAGCUCAGGAGUCUGUUAUAGAUGGCCUCAGGGCUGAGAGGAGGAUCUGGGGCCAGGAGCUCGCUCAGCAAGGUGCAUCACUGGCUCAGGAUCGUGGACGUCUGGAGGGCAGGAUAGAGGUGCUGACCACUGAACUGGAGACUCAGAAGAAACAGAAUGAGAGGGAUCAUGAUGCCCUCAAAAUCAAAGCCAAAAUCAUGGAUGACCAGACAGAGACCAUUCGUAAACUCAAAGAGACCUUGCAGGAGCGUGACGAUCAGAUCCGUAGGCUGAAGGAUGAGGCUGUCCAGGCCCAGAAGAAGUUCCAGCAGCAGCUGGAGGAGGAAACAGUCCAACAAGCUGAGCUGAAGGAGCAGCUGGAGCAUCUUAGUCUGCGCAAGGAGGAGCUUAAACAGCAGCUAGCAGACAAGGAGGCAGAUCUUGAAGAGGUCAGAGGAGCUUAUAGUGAAUCAAGUAAGAAGUGGCAGGAGAAGGCUGAGCUGCUCACUCGACUGGAGAGCCAAGUGAAGCGAAUGAAGGAGAAUUUUGAUUCUAAGGAGCGCCUGCUACUGGAAGAAAGAGAAAAAGCAACAGAAGCACACAAAGCUGCAGUGGAGAAGUUGCGCUGUGUGGAUGAUGCUUUUCGUCAACAACUGGAAUCUAUCCAGGCCGUGCACCAAGCUGAGUUGCUACAAGUGGCAAAUGAAAAACAAAAAAAGAUAGAAAAAGCCAAUCAGAAGGUGUUUGAAGUGGAGGAGGAGAUGCGUCAGCUCCUGAAGGAGACAGAAGCUAACAAGAGAAUCAUGGAGGAGAAAAUUAAACGUCUCACCAGUGUACUGAAAGACUUUAACACAUGAAGUAUGGAUUCCUGUUAAUGUCAAGCACUUAUGAAUUGUUAAAAAUAUUUUUUAAAUAUAAGUGUAUUUUUUAUAUUUUAGUUUAAUUCUUUGUAUUUUUAUAGUAUGAUUUGCCCAAUAAAUAUAUCCU